UGCAUGUUGCAUGUCGACAAUCAUCUACGCAUCUACACGAUCCACCAGAUCUGGUUCGUAGGACGACUUCAUCAAAGCGGCCAGCUAUUACCGUAUCCUGAGACUCAACGAUCACGAGAAACGCAAAAUGUCCAUACUCGCUCGUCACCCUGGCUCGCUCAUCUGCCGUAGAGCCGCAUCGCUCAACGUCGAUCGCAUUGCCGGAACUCGUCUUGCGCCAGUCAUGUUUCGUUCGACCCAAUUGACCCGUCAAAUGUCCUCUCGACCGCAAACUACAAAACUCGUCAUUCCGCAAGACGCUAAAACGGUCUACGAAGGACCGUAUUCCAAGACUUUCAAGUAUCUAAAACUCUUUUCGCUAUCCUCCUUGGGACUUUCUGCGGCGCUAUCUCCCUUCAUCUUCAUCUUGGAAUCUUCACUGCCAACAUCUGGGAGGAUAUUCCUUGCCGUGACAGCGAUUUCGACGACCACAUUCUCGACAUAUCUCAUAUCCCUUUUUACCGGGCCAUAUGUAAACCGGAUCGUACGAGGAGCUGCGGAUGCUCAGUAUCCUUUCAUCCUCUCUACGACAAGCAUGUUCUUGCAGGAACGCAAUACCUUUAUAAACGAUCAGGGCAUCUUGGCGCCGAGUGAGCGCCCACUUACUACUUGGAAACUACGGGAACAAGCGGAUAGCGUGGUCGAUGCUCCAUCCUUGGAGGCAGUUACUACUGACCGGACAGGGAAAGUGCUCGGCCGAUGGAACGUCGAGGGGGGCAAAGCGACGCAUACCGGUUCAGUCGUCAGGUAUUUCAACGUGCAUCCAGAGUUACUAGAAACUCGCUUCACGUCGGACUCAUAAAAGCCGGAGCUACAUCCAGCCGAAAGGUUACAAUGCUAUCGGACUCAUCCGUAGAGCUCGAAUUCCUCCGACGCCAUCUGCUCCACUUCAAAGUCGAAAUCCGAAUCAGGAGUUUCUGAUGUACGGCCACGACCCUUGACCCGCUUCUUGGAAUCACCCGUCGUGCCUUUCUUAGCGGUCGAUUUCCUCUUGACGCCAGCGGUCGCUCGGGUACUGGAUUGAGCUGCGCUCUUGCCGGUAGC